ACAAAAAUCUAUUUUCAACGCUUGAUUACAGAGGCGAUGCCAAACCUUCUAAAAGGGCACCUCAAUUAGUUGAACCGGAUGGAAAACGUUACACUCUGAACCACAGACAAGUAAAAUACAUGGACUGGCAAUUUGACUUCAGAAUGUCUGCGUUAACAGGACCCCAGCUCUACAAUAUCAUGUAUGGGAAAGAUAGUAUAGCAUACGAAGUGGGAUUACAGGAAAUAGCUGUUUAUUCUGGUGCUAAUCCAGCAGCUCGAUUUACUGACUACGUAGACAGUGGUGUACUUUUAGGGAUGGGUGCCAAGAGUUUGAUACCAGGCGGGGACUGUCCUGAAACUGCUACCUUCAUCCCAGCAACCUUUUUUAUUGAGCUAACAGAAGAACCCCAAACUAACCAAAGAGCAUUUUGUUUGUUUGAACAAAACACGGGGGUGCCAUUAAGGCGCCAUUUGUCUUUUGCUAUACCUGAAGGUGGUUUCUAUGGAGGGGUAAUGGACAAUGUGCUGAUAUUGAGGACAAUCCUCACAGUGGUAAAUUAUGACUACAUAUUUGAUUUUAUCUUCCAUCAGAACGGUGCCAUGGAAGUGAAAGCAGUGUCCACUGGUUACAUUUAUACCACUUUCUACAACCAAGCUGGGGAUAAAUAUGGUUUUCGUUUCAAAAUAUUGUUGUGA